AUGACCAACGAAACCGCCGCACCAUCUACUAAAGAAGUCUCUCUCCACCCGGCGUACUCAGUUACGAACAUCCAAACCAAGAUUCGCACAUUGGACGGAACGAAGGUAACCUAUUCUUCCUGGGUUAAACUCUUUCGCCUCCAUGUUGUUGCGUACAAAGUCUCUGAUCACAUCGAUGGUUUAGCCCCUACAGCCGCUAACACAUCACAAUAUGAACAGUGGAAAGAACUUGAUGUGUUGGUCCUUCAAUGGAUUUACAGCACAGUUUCUGAUGAUUUGUUCAAUCGUAUCCUGGAUUCGACUGCAACAGCCUUAACGGCUUGGACAAAGCUCGAAAAGAUCUUCUUGAGCAACAAAAAGUCUCGCGCUGCAGCACUCGAGACUAAGUUCUGUAAUCUCACCCUCAUAGCCUGCUCCUCCAUUGACGAUUACUGUCAAAAACUGACUGAUUUGGCAAAUCAGCUCUCCGAUGUUGAUCAGCCUGUUUUCGAAUCGCGGCUCGUUCUUCAACUUGUCCGUGGACUCCCAGCCGAAUACAACACCAUAGCCUUUUUGAUCAACCAGCAGGGCAUGGAUUGGGACCAGGCUGUCUCCAUGCUUAAUGAUGAAGUCAUUAGACUCGAAGCACAAAAAGGGUCCCAAACGACGGUUCUUGCCGCUCCAACAGCGCCGCCAUCUGCCAACCCUUUGCUGAACUCUACUCAACAACCUAAUGGAUCUUAUUACUCUUCUCAACGACGCGGUGGCAGCCGGGGUCGCGGUGGCUCCUUCAAUCGUCGGGGCAGGGGUCGGGGAGGCCGCCAACAGCAGAACACUUCUUCGUGGCGGGGGCAACAGCCUUCUUUUCCUAACUGGGCUUAG